CCACCGCAGAUCCACACCUUCUGGGUGGACACGAAGAACUACGUGGAGCACACGCGGAAAUGGUACGCGGAAACCAUCCCCUUCCCCCUCAACUUCUUCCUGCCCAACUUCAUGCACAAGCGGCACCUGGAGCGGCUGCAGCUGAUGUGGGGGGAGGACUACAUGGAGGAUGAGGAGAAGCUGGAGAAGGAGCUGUACCGGGAAGCACGGGAGUGCCUGACUCUCCUCUCCCAGCGCCUCGGCUCCCAGAAGUUUUUCUUCGGAGACUCGCCUGCCUCCCUCGACGCCUUCGUCUUCAGCCGCCUGGCGCCGCUCCUGAAGGCGAAGCUGCCCAACGGGAAACUGCAGCAGCACCUGAAGUCCCUGCAGAACCUGUGCAACUACUGCACCUCCAUCCUCAGCCUCUACUUCCCCUGGGACGGAG